AUGGAUCGGGACAAAUUCUCGGUACAGCAAAUUCGGCCUUUCCGCAAACGCCUUUCCCAAUGGACGGGUCAAAAGAUCAAAGACUGGAUAGAGCCACAAACAGGUUCUACCGCCACCACUGCAAGUGAUCCUGAAACGCUGAAAUCCACGGCCACGGGCCCCAAAGCCACGAGUUUGGAAAAGCAUGACAACUGUUUCGCGUCACAACCUUCAACAGACCCUGAUCACCAUCGAUUACAAUUCUCGGCCAUCCCUGUCGCCAACUUUUCCAUCGACGCAUAUUCGGACACAGGAUACCCGAAAGACUACCCGCCAAACAUUAACGUGGACUGUGUCGAAUUUCUGGGCAAUGUCCAAAGCUCCACCACGUAUGUGAAGAGGGAUCUGGGAUUUCAGGGCCGCCUGGGUGAUCAUAUCCUCCUCAGCUAUGGUGACACGAUGUAUAGCGAUGGAAAUUACUCAGACAAAUGGCGUGGCAUGACAAGUGAUUCUAUGGCCUUCGCAACGCAUAAUCCCCUCGUUGUGGUUGAUCCUGUGCUCAAUGACGACGGAUACCCGCCACAAUUUUGUCCUUUGAUGGAUGAUUUGAACGAGGAUCCCGCCGAGUGUGCUUUGGGCAUUACGAAUGUCGUCGAGAUUGGGCCCAAUCAAGGACUCAUCUACUUUCUCUUGAAUCAUCGGCCUAAUGGGACUAAUAAUCUCAUGGGGGCCGGGGUUGCCACGGUUCAACUAAAAACCAACACGUAUCCUCCAAGACCUUCCAUCAAACGUCUGGGACAGUACUGGUGGGAUGCUACAUGUGAACCGUGGUAUGGUGACAUUUGUGCUCUAAGAUGGGGACCACAUGUUUAUGCCUACGGACAUGGUGGUGCCAAUAACCCUUGGAUAUAUCUCACUCGGGUGCAACAUGACGAAGCCACAAAUCUGGAAUGCUACGAAUAUUGGAACGGUACCGAAUGGCAGAAAGAUCGAUUGAUGACGAAGACAUUGGGCGAAAGUGAGAGCGUUUUCUGGCAGAUCAACCAGGGUCAAGUGGUAUGGUCGAGAUAUUUUGGCUGCUUGAUAUUCAUUUACUGUGACAAUUGGAUGAAUUCCAAAGUCCUGAUGAAGACAUCACAGAGACCAGAGGGCCCGUGGUCUGAUCCGAUGACUCUCUACCAAGCCACACCUCUGCAGGAGGGUAGCUCGAUUUAUGCUGCGGUGCCUCAUCCUUAUUUUGAUGAAUCUGGCAAGACGUUGGUGGUGACUUUUACAAAUCAUCCAAAUACCGUGCAAGCUAUUCGGGCCACAUUCGACUAG